AUGUCGUUCUCUGAAGAACAGUUUACAUCAAAGCUCAAUGCUUUAGAUGAAACCCAGGAAUCGAUAGUAAACGCCUCCAAAUGGUUGCUCACGCAAUAUAAAGAAGUGGAUCAAAUCGCCCAUUGUUGGAAGCGAUUUGUGAUAAGACCGUCCAUCAACACGCGAAGGAAGUUCUUGGCUAUAUAUUUAGCAAACGAUGUGAUUCAGCAGGCUAAGCAUAAGCGAGUAGGAGAUUUCGGCACUGCCUUUGGCAAGAUAAUGCCGGAAGUGCUGAGCGAGGUAUAUCCAGAGCUGAACCAAGAAAUGCGUCGCAAAGUUAAACGAGUUGUUGAUAUUUGGAAGCAACGCCAAGUGUUUAGUGAGCCAGUGAUUGAAAUGGUGUAUUCUAAGCUAAGGGAACCUUCUAAGGGGGCCAGUCGCAUCGAGGAAGCGCCUUCUGCCAAAAUCGCCCCAGAGCUUCGCCAACUAGCUUCGAUUUUUGACCAACUAACCAAAUCGCAGGGGGGAAUAUCUUCAACCAAAACUAAAUUCGAUUCUUCAUUAGAAGCAUUGGAUCCAAAUAGCGCUGUAUACUCGGAAAAUUACAAAACGGUACAGAGAAUUGGCCAAGUGGCCAAAGAUGCACUGCAAAAGUCUAUGGUCAAUCGCCAACAGGCAAUCAAGGAGCUUCAAAAGCUGCUCGAUUUUCAAAACGAACAAGCUUCACAAGAUCAAUUUAUGGUAGGUGAAAUUGACGAGGUACUUGCUGCCAAAGACCCUCAAAAUUCCAAUCCAAAUGGCUCUCUAGAGGCAGCCAUGAUGCCAACUUAUGAAGAAACUGAUGAAAGCGACAGUGAUGCUGAAAAGAGUGACAUUGAAGAACAAGGCAAAAAGCGGUUACCAUCUACAGCAGGUAUUGAAAACGAUAAUUUUAAGCGACAAAAAUCCAUAAUAAGCGACGCUGGUGCAGAAAAUCUUGAGACUAUAGAGGCUGAGCUAUAUGAGCCAACCCCCGCAGAGGUUGCUGCAAAUUCUCCUGUGACAGUUACGUCCAGCAUUCAAGAUCUAUUGAGUAAAUUAGCAAAUUAA